UGAUAAUAUAUGCCUGAUUAAUUUUUUUUUAAUUUUCCUUUAAAAUAUAAAAAGAUCUUAUAUGGACUCAUUUUUUAAUUCUAUUGCUGAUAAAUAAUAGAGGAACAAUGUGGUUUGUGAUAAUUUGUCUGAUAAUAAUAUUUACGAUAAAAAUCCUGCAAGACUGGCGACGAUCAUCAAAGUUUCCUCCAGGGCCCCGGGGUCUUCCGAUCAUAGGAAACAUAUUUGACGUGAAACGUCUGGUCGAGGAGACAAAAUUUUAUUCUCAUGCUUGGUGUCGUCUGGCCGACACUUAUGGACCCAUCGUAGGCUUAAAACUCGGCAUACAAUCGCUGAUUGUUGUUUCCGGUAGAGAUGCUGUGAUUGAAAUGUUAGGUCGACCAGAGUUCGACGGUAGACCCCAUGGAUUUCUAUAUAAACAUCGAUCAGGAGGUGAACGAAGAGGUAUACUAUUUACUGAUGGCGAUGUCUGGCGAGAUCAAAGAAGAUUUGUUUUGAAAACAUUAAAAGAAUUUGGAUUUGGAAAAAUGGCGAUGGAAGAUAUAAUAUUGAAUGAUGCAGUUUCCUUAACCAGCAUAAUAGAAUCACUGGCUAAAUUGGGACCCAUUACAAAUUUACACAAUCUUACCUCUAUAGCAGUCCUUAAUAGUUUAUGGACAUUGGUCGCUGGAUCGAGAUUCGAUUUGGACGAGGAAAAUCCAAAAUUAAAAGAAAUCUUAUCGAUAUUAAACGAUCUUAUCCGAAAUAGCAAUGUCUCUGGCGGCAUAUUGAACUAUUUGCCUCUUUUAAGAUACAUCAUCCCAAAUGUUACAGGAUUUACUGUACUAAAUCAGAGACUAACAAGAAUGUCACAAUUUUUCAGAAGCGAAAUAGCGAGGCAUAAACAAACUAGAACGCAGGGCGAAUUUAGAGACUUUAUCGAUGUUUACCUAGCGGAAAUGGAGCAAUCAAGCUCGAAUAUAUCGUGCUUCGAUGAGGAGCAAAUAAUUAACGUUGUGAAAGACCUCUUUAGCGCCGGUGUAGAAACAACGAACAACACAAUUGGCUUUAUAAUAACGUAUCUCGCAGUGAGGCAGGAUGUGCAAGAAAAAGUGCACGAAGAAAUUGACAGAGUGCUGGGCAAGGAAGUUUUACCUUGUAUAACGUAUAAAAAUCGACUGCCAUAUUUGAAUGCAACGAUAGCGGAGGUAUUAAGACUAGCGAACGUCGGCCCUACUUCGAUUCCUCAUCGAGCAAUGACCGAUGCUAUUCUACUCGGCUACGAAAUAAAGAAGAACUAUACCUUAUUGGCUAAUUUAAGAAGCGUUCAUAUGGACGAGAAACAUUGGGGCGAUCCAAAAGAAUUUCGGCCUGAAAGAUUUAUUAACGAUAGAGGAGAAUACGUCGAGGAUCCCUGGUUAAUAUCAUUCGGCUUAGGUCGUAGAAAGUGUUUGGGCGAGACUUUGGCGAGAAAAAGUCUAUUUCUGUUCACUGCGUGUUUGCUGCAGAAAUUUCAGUUCACGUUAUCUCCGGAACAUUCUAAUCCUAUUUUAGACGGUAUCGACGGCUUUACAAUUGCACCACCUGAUAUAUGUGUCAAUGCUAUCAAAAGAAAAUGUCUACUUGGUUAAUAUAUAUGAU